AUGACGGCUGAGGAUAAAAAGGCAGUAUCCAUCAAAGUUCCCGUGAAAUCCAAAGAAGCAGAAGAAAAGAGAAGAAAAUUAAACAAUCUCAAAAUAAAAAAUGAAGAAUUAAACGAAGAAGAAAAAAAAAAAAAAGAAGAACUGGAAUUACUAAUUACGAGAUUGAGAGAUGAAGAUCCAGAUGUAAUUAAUCUAUCCAUCUCCUUAUUGAACAAGGAGAUAAUUGACACGAGCGGAAUUUUGACGUCUUCUCUACUGGCUUUAAAAGUAUUAAAGACUCACUACAACACAUUACUAGAAAUACAUGAGGAUAUGAAAUUUGAGGAAUGUAAAAAAAAAAUGAGUAACAUGAUAAGUGCUUUGUCUACCACUAUAGGAGAUGAAAAUAAUAUUGUUAAAUAUAUCCUUAUGGGGAAUAAGAAAGAGUUAAUAAAUUAUGGACAUGAGUAUAUCAAGAAUUUAAUCACGAAACUUUUAGUUGAGUAUAAAAAUAAUAAAGAUGAAGAAUCUAGUGCAACAGGAAUAAUGUUAUCAUCUGUUGGAACAUCAGGACCAUUCAGUAUUAAUACAGCUAUCACAAGUGGUAUCUCCACAUCUAUGACAACGACAGGUAUGCCAAAAGGAGCUCAUAUGAUUAACCAGAUAUAUGAGCUUGUGAAUAUCAUUGUUCCGUACUGUUUUAAUCACAACACAGAAUAUGAAGCUAUUGAUCUUUUGAUCGAGGUUGAUAAGAUUCAAGAUAUUCAUCAAUACGUGGAUGAGAAAUCAUGUGAAAGAUCCAUUUUGUAUUUACUUAAUAUAACACAUUACAGUUCUUCCACAGAAGAAUAUUACAAAUUAAUGGAAGUAAUUUUACAGAUUUUGAAAAAGCACAAAAGACAUGUUGAAUAUUUAAAAAUUUUACUAAGACUAAACAGAAGAGAAAAGAUUAAAGAUUUGAUUUUCGAAUGUCCCGAUAUGAUAACAUGCAAACAAAUGGCUUUAAUUUGUUCAAGACAUUCGAUUCAUUUAGAAUUUACACAAGAGGAAAUUAUUCGAUAUCCUCAUUUGAACCUUAACGAGUUGGCUAGCUUAUCAUCAGGAGAACAUUUGUCUUCCAUUUUUUUAAAAUUAGCCAAAGAUUUAGAUGUAGAAGAACCCAAAUUACCAGAAGAUAUAUAUAAAACACAUCUAGAAGAAAAAAGAAACACAAAUGUAUGGGAUUCAGCUAAACAGAAUUUGUCAUCCUCUUUUGUUAAUGCAUUUGUCAAUGCUGCUUUUUGUAAAGAUAAACUAAUGACAGUUAAUUCGUCCUUGUGGAUUUUUAAAAAUAAAGAUUAUGGUUUAAUGAGUGCAACAGCAUCUAUGGGGUUAUUACUUAUGUGGAAUAUAGAUGAAGGUUUAUCACAAAUUGAUAAAUUUCAAUACAGUACCGAUCAAUAUGUAAAGGCAGGUUCUCUCAUGGCAUUCGGUUUGGCUUGUACGAAUGUAAAAAAUGAAUGUGACCCAGCUUAUGCAUUGCUAUCAGAACACAUAGAUGCAGAAAAUUCUCUGGAAAAAAUCGGAGCAAUUCUAGGUUUUGGUUAUGCAUAUGCUGGAACAGCUAGAGAAAAUCUUCUCGAUGUUUUAAUACCACCCCUUGUAGAUAAUGGAUGUGUUAUCGAAUGUAGUGUCUUCGCAGCUGUAUCUUUGGGUCUUGUUUUUGUAGGAUCUCAAAACAGAGAAAUUGCUGAAUACAUUAUUGACACAGUUCUGGAAAGAGAAAAAGUUAAUAAUUCUUUAGACCAACCAAUAGCCAAGUUAUAUGCUGUAGCGUUAGGUUUAUUAUUUCUGUGUUCAAGAGAAAAAUGCGAAGCCACACUUUCAGCGUUAGAAAUUAUAAAACAUCCAAUUGCAAAAUAUAUCAUUACAACUGUGGAGGGUAUGGCAUUUGCUGGAUCGAAUGAUGUUCUCAAAGUGCAGAAAAUGUUACAAGUUCUUGUUGAAAAGAGAAAUGACAAAAGAGUAAAUGUAGACAGCAACAAUAAGCCAAGUGCUGAUUUGCAUAGUGGUAUUGCGAUCGAUGGGAAGAUCUCUGGUGUGGAUAGUAAUAAAUGUCCCAAUGAUGUGAAGAGCACGAAUGAAGUGAAAAGCACGAAUGAUGUAAAAGGUGUAAAUGAUGUGAAGAGCACGAAUGAAGUGAAAAGCACGAAUGAUGUAAAAGGUGCAAAUGAUGUGAAAAACACAAAUGAAGGGAAUAAUUCCAACAAUGUUGGAAACGGAAGCAACAAUAAUGUCGUGUCAGAAGACAACUUGGAUCAAUGUGUAGCUAUUUUAAAUAUUGCCCUUAUAGCACUUACAGAUGAUAUAAGUUCCGAGAUGACAACAAGAAUUAUUGAUCAUUUUUUACAAUAUUCUAAUAUAAAUCAAAAGAAAGCAGUCCCUUUAGCAUUAGCAUUAUUAUUUACAUCUUUCCCUAAACCUAAUAUUGUAGAUAUAUUAUCCAAAUUAACACAUGAUCAAGAUGCAGAUGUAGCUUUGCAUGCUAUUAUGGCUCUUGGAUUUGUUGGUGCUGGAACGAAUAAUUCACGUAUAGCUAUUUUGUUAAGACAAUUAUCUACAUUUUAUUGUAAAGAUACUAAUGCUAUAUUUGUUGUCAGACUUUCACAAGGUUUACUAUACAUGGGAAAAGGACUACUAACUAUCAAUCCAUUACAUUCUAAUCGAUCCAUUAUCAAUCAUGUUUCUUUAGGAUCCCUUCUCAUAACAGUACAUGCAUGUUUACAGCUGAAAAAUACCAUAUUAGGAAAAUACCACUAUUUGCUCUACCACCUCGUUCCUUGUAUUUAUCCUCGAAUGCUUGUUACUGUAAACGAGAACUUGGAACCUGUCCCCAUUUCGGUGCGAGUUGGCCAGGCCGUGGACGUCGUAGGACAAGCAGGAAAACCGAAAACCAUCACUGGGUUUCAAACACAUGUCACACCUGUGCUGCUGUUGCAUACAGAUCGAGCUGAGAUUGCAACUGAGGAAUACAUACCCAUCAAUGACACGCUUGAAGGAAUUGUUAUUCUGAAGAAGGAUCCAAAUUAUGUACCACCAGUAGUUAACUAG